AUGUUUUCGUUUCGAUCGAUUGGUAAAUAAAUGAAAGAUUUAUUAAACAAGGGAGUGUUUAUUCUGUUAGUAAUAGAAGGGUAAUAUAUUAAUAGCUAAAUUAACAGACGCCACGCAAUGACUUCGGCGUCGUCGAGUAGUGCUCGAUCGUUGUUUGCCGAAUCUAAACAGCGCUUAGCUGAAAGAGUUCAAGUUAAUAUGAACAACAUUUCGUCUUUGGCUCGCCAGAUACAAAGAGGAUCAAAAUCUAAUGAGCUUCUAUCAAAAGCGGCCAGAGAGAUGGCAUCAACUGAACAUCAGAUGGAGACCAGUGAAGAGAAUCUAAAGAAGAUGCAACUUAUAGCAGUACAUAUGGGUUACCAGUUUGAAAAUAUACAGAAAUCUGCUCAAAUGCUCACUGAGAUUGGAGAAAAAGUUAAUGCUAUGCAGAGGUGAUAGAGCAUAGACAACCAAUUAUGUAGUAUUUUUUUUAAAUUGU